GAGAUAAUGAGGAGCCAGCAGGACUGAUGUGCCCCAUGAGCUGGCAGCGUGCGAGGGGCCUCACCUCCCUCGGGCCAAGAUGUCCUGCUACGAGCUGUGCCCCCCCAAAGCCAGCGUGGCUGUGCCCAAGCCCAGCGUGGCUGUGCCCCAGCCCAUCGCCGAGAGCUGCAACGAGCUGUGCGCCCGCCAGUGCCCCGACUCCACGGCCUUCAUCCAGCCGCCCCCCGUGGUGGUCACCUUCCCCGGCCCCAUCCUCAGCUCCUUCCCCCAGCAAGCCGUGGUGGGCUCCGCCGGAGCCCCCGCCUUUGGGGGCUCCCUGGGGCUGGGGGGCCUCUACGGCCAAGGGGCCACCCAGGCCUCGGGGGGCCUCUGCACCUUUCCCACAGCCUGCGCUGCUCCCGCCUGCAGCCCUUGGCUCCUGCCCCGCUACUCCAGGAAAAUCUGGGACACCUGCGGGCCCUGCUAGACCCAGCCCACACCCCACUGACAGCGCUCACCACGCUCCACAACCCACCAGCUGCACAACAGCCCUUGGCCUCCUCCAGCCCGGCACCACCAGCCUGCCUGGCUCUUGCCCACCAUCUC